UUCUCAAUUUGCACAUACAAUUUCCUUCUGGUCACUUUCAAUCUUUUGUCGUUAUCCGAAAAAUCUUCUUUCCCUUCUAUUUAUUCCAAAUGCCUUGAUUGUCAAUAUUAAAUUUGUAUUGAGCAAAGAGGCUACCUCCCAAAACAAGAGAAAUGGUGAUAGCCAACACAGGUGAAGUUCAGACUACAUCAAAACAUGAGUAUGACAGAGCAAGUGAAGUUAAAGCAUUCGAUGACACAAAAGCGGGCGUCAAAGGACUCGUGGAUGCUGGAAUUACUGAGGUUCCUCGCAUGUUUCAUCAACCACCAGAUAAGUUUGAGAGAACCUCUGUUCCAGGUGACGCCCAGGUUAGUAUUCCUGUUAUAAACCUUGAUAGAGUGAAGGAGGAUCCAAUUACUCGCAAGGAGAUUGUUGAAGAAGUCCGUGAUGCGUCAAAGAAAUGGGGUUUUUUUCAAAUUAUUAACCAUGGGAUUCCAGUGGGUGUUCUAGAGGAUAUUAAGCAUAGUGUUCGUAGGUUUUUCGAGCAAGAUGUCGAGGUCAAGAAACAGUUCUACACUCGUGAUAAUAUGAAAAAGGUGGUCUACAAUUGCAAUUUUGAUCUGCAUACUGCCCCGGCAGCUAACUGGAGAGAUUCUGUUUUUUGCACUGUGGCUCCUGAUCCUCCUAAGCUGGAAGAGCUGCCAGAACCAUUCAGGGAUAUAAUGGUGGAGUACUCAAACCGGUUAAUGAGUUUGGGAUAUUUACUCUUUGAGUUAAUAUCAGAAGCUCUUGGGCUGAAUCCUGACCACCUGGUGAAGAUAGAUUGUGCUAAAGGUCUUGGUGUGCUGUCCCAUUACUAUCCGGCGUGUCCGCAGCCAGAAUUGACUCUGGGGGCUAGCAAGCAUGCUGACAGUGACUUCCUCACCGUGCUUCUACAAGACCAUGUUGGGGGCCUCCAAGUUCUUCAUGGAAAUCAGUGGAUUGAUGUACCUCCAACCCCUGGGGCUUUAGUAGUUAACAUAGGAGAUCUUUUACAGCUUAUAUCAAAUGACAGUCUUUUAAGCGUGGAGCACAGGGUACUAGCAAACUCAGUAGGACCUAGAGUAUCGGUGGCAUGCUUUUUUGUCACAGGUUUUCAGCCAAACCCAAGACUAUAUGGACCUAUUAAGGAGUUGUUAACGGAAGACAAUCCUCCGAAAUACAGGGAAACUACUGUGAUAGACUAUCUUACCCACUUCAACAGAAAAGGCCUAGAUGGAACGUCUGCCCUGCUGCAUUUCAGGCUAUGAACUAAUCCGUGAAGACAAAAGGGAGCAUUUGCAUAAUAGAUAGUUUCUGAACUAUGUACUUUGGCACUUCUCUGUAAUGUUUUCUAUCAUGAUAUCUAGAAUUAGAAAAGGACGUGAUGGUUGUAUAUCCAAUUUAUAGACACAAGUAAUAUUUGAUUGUUGUGUCUUUCUGCUUUGGUCACUGAAA